AUGCAAAGGUCGCUUGACGGUGACUUGAUUCCAGCUGAUCCAGAAAUCAAACGGACCUUCCAUCAUAGGCAAAGAGAAGCAAGAACAGGCAUCUCAGAUGAUGCUGUCAGACUACAGUUGUUCCCCAAUACGCUACAUGGCAAAGUACUAGAGUGGUUGGAUUCUCAACCUAUUGUCAGCAUCAAUACAUGGGACGACUUAGCUCAGAAAUUCUGCACAAAGUUCUUUCCACUGGCCAAAAUUACAAAAUUGAAGUAUGACAUCUCAAUUUUCCGUCAAGGUAAAUCAGAAUCAUUUGAUGAAGUUUGGAAUCGUUUCAAAAACAUGCUAAGGAAGUGUCCUCAUCAAGGUAUUAGCAAAGGACUCCAGGUCCAAUAUUUUGAUGCGGGAUUACUUCCAUAA